AUGGCGUCUGUGAAGCUCCCCGCCGCCGCGCUCGCCGUCGUCCUCCUCUUAUGCGCGGCGAUGACGGCGACAGCGUACCAGCCCAAGCCCACGCCCACGCCCAAGCCGUACCCCACGCCCAAGCCGGAGCCCGAGGACUGCAAGAGGCAGGCCGAGUACUUCAAGAACUGCCUCCGCCUGGGCCUAGGCGAGAAGUGCUGCGGCAACGAGCGCGUCAUCCCGGUGGCGGAGCGCAAGUGCUACUGCCAGGUGGAGCGGGAGGCGGAGAUCGAAUGCGCGAUCGGGCGACGCUGCGGCGGGAUCGCCGGUAAAGUCAAGGUCGCCGAGAUGAAGCUCUCCUGCCUCGAGAACCUCCACUGCAAGCGCGCGUGA